AUGAAGAAUGAUCACGGGGCCUUGCACAGCUCAGACAGACAUUGGGAGAGAUCUGUCUGGGUCUCCUACGGGGAGAGAACAAGGCUGAGACCGGUCACGGUAGCAUCACCAAGCCGACAUACACCAACAGACCUGGGGACCAUGCUUCUCCAGCUUCUUCUCCUGCUUCAACUGGAUCCUGUGAGGGCCAAGGAGAAAGAAAAAAAUUACUGCUCUGGAGAAGCCCCGGAUCCGUCUCAGUAUGCGGCUGCUCGAUGCUUUACUUCAUGUACCAGAAGUACUCCAAAGUGUAAGCCUGAGGUGAUAGAGAGAUUCUGGAUAAAGAAGUUCGAUGAAUUGUCUAAAGAAAAAUCACCAGCGCCUGUUUUGGAUGAGACCGCGGUGAAGGCAACCAUCCACAAUGUCUCUGUCAACAUUUCCCAAGACCUCUUCUUCUCCAUCUCCCCAUCUCAGGUGCCAGCAUCACUGAAUGGGAAUGAGAUGGAUGCACCCGACAGAGUCCGGCUACCCAGAAGCCUAUUUGAAAGCCUGAGAAGACCAAACAUGACCUCCGUCCGAGUCAUCCUGGCGGUCAUCAACAUUGGAGAAGGGGACAUAUUCAAGGGCUCAGCCACUGGCCAACGGUUCAGCAGCUCUGUGCUAGACAAUCGCAUGGUGGGCAUUCAGGUUGGAACUGAGCCUACUAAGAAUUUGUCUGAACCUGUGGAGAUCAUUUUCUCCCACCAGCAGCAGGACCAGAAACUCCAAUGUGUUUUCUGGGAUGACAGUAAAGGAACGACUGGAGACUGGAAACCCACAGGUUGCUCCACAGAGCAAAGGACCAACCAAACCAUCUGCCUCUGUGACCACCUGACCUUCUUUGCCCUAUUGCUGAAGCCAGUCCUUGAUGCUGCCACAGUGAAGGCUCUGAUUCAAAUCUCUCUUGCUGGCUGUGGCACCUCUCUGUGCUUCCUGUUUCUCGCCAUAAUCUUCUAUUUUGCCUUGAGGUUCACAAAGCAGAGGUUCAAGUCAGAAGAUGCCCCCAAAAUCCAUGUGGCCCUGAGCAUCAGCUUGGUCCUUCUGAAUCUCACUUUCAUCAUCAUGCUGGGGAACAACUCCCCAGAGCAAGGAACCUCCUGCCGGGCACAGGGAGGGAUCUUCCAUUACUUCCUGCUCUGUUGUUUCACCUGGAUGGGGAUCGAGGCCCUCCACCUGUACCUGCUGGCUAUCAAGAUCUUCAACACAUACAUAAGCCACUACUUCCUGAAGCUGUGUCUGGUGGGCUGGGGACUUCCCAUCUUAGUGGUCUUUAUCACUGGAAUCAUCGGCAGCUACGGGCGCUACACCAUCAAAGAUGGGGCUAACCAUACCACCUUGGAGCUGUGCUGGAUAGAGGACAAAACAGCCCUGCACAUCACAGUCCAUGGCUACUUCAUUGUCACCUUCCUCUUUGGUGGUGUGGUCCUGGGCCUGGUAGCUUGGAAGAUUUUCCACCUCCGUGGCUCCAAGGCAGGCAAGGAACAGAACCAGACCUGGAAGGGGGUCAUCACAGUGCUUGGCCUCUCCUGCUUGGUAGGAGGAACGUGGGGGCUGGUCCUCCUCAACCCGAUCGGUCUGACGGCCAUCUAUGCCUUCACACUACUCAACUCUCUCCAAGGUGUUUUCAUGUUCAGCUGGUUUGCCAUCCUUUUCUACCCAAGUCUAAAAGAGGAAUCGGCCUCCAGUACCGCCAAGUCAAGCAAUUCUGCAUCCCGGGAGUAG